GGGGAAUUGGGCGUGGUAGUCCGCAAGAGCGGGUGAAGGUUAUGGAAUUCCUUCUCGAGAAGGGUUUCGACAUCAACGCGCUUGAGUUUGCGCAGGAGCCGGAGUUUCCAGAGCAGUAUGAAAGCAGGAUUUAUGGAACCCCGUUACACUAUGCAGCUGCGUGGGGAUUGGAAGAUAGGUUUGAGUUUCUACUGCAGAAAGGCGCUGACCCAAACAUUCUUGGUUAUAACUACAAGACAAAGGAGCAUUGGGGUACUGCUCUUGACUGGCAGAAACUAAACGAGGAAGAUGAGGGGUGUUAUAGUGAGCGUAUUCGGGAACUCUUAGAUGAUAAGGCAAAGGAAUAAACGGCGGCAGCAAUGAAAUUGUCGAAAUGCUGCUCCAGGAUACUGCCCUAUAAUCCAGCCUUGUCCUGUUGUUGAAAUCAUAAUGUGGUGCAUGCAGUGCGGGAAUUCCUCCUCGAACUUUGCUUGCAUUUCGAACAUAUAGUUCUCAAAGUGGUAAGACUCACUAUAUUAGAAAUGGCAUUAUUUUCAGCUCGAUAUAUAGCAGC